AGUUCUCUCUGUGCUGUAGCCUGAACUGCGCCGUGGCAGGAUCUGUCUGGAUAGCCAACAGAGGCCCAAUCUCUCAGGAUGUACCGGUUCAUAUGUAUAGCAAUAUUAACUGUAAACCUUAUUCCUAGCUGCUUCGCGGACACUAAUUUAAAUGUAGGAUUAGAACCGUACGAUCUACUUUUCGACAAUGCAGUUGAAGCUUACUACAAGGCGGACUGGAUAUCUGUAAUUCUGAACAUGGAGCGAGCGCUUCGAAACAAGGGGACCGUUCGCCGUGUGAGGGCGCAUUGCCGGCUUUCUUGCGCCAACCAGACCGACUUUGGUGAGCCCGUACCGGGCGUUGGUAUUCCAAUCCCCGGUAGUGGCUCCGUGGAAGAUCUCAGCUUCUUUCAGAACAUUUUGAAGCGGGCUGAUUGUGUUAAUUCCUGCGAAAGCGAGAAACUGGGAUACCAGUCUCUUCACAAAAUCAGUGCAGAAGUGGAACUUGAGUUUCGGAAGAGGUCACCCUAUAACUAUCUUCAAGUAGCUUACUUCAAGAUUAACAAGCUGGAUAAGGCAGUGGCAGCCGCUUACACCUUCUACCUGGCCAACCCUGAUCACAUGGAAAUGAGGCAGAACCUGGAGUACUACAGGAUGAUGGCAGGAGUCAAGGAGACCGACUUCAAAGACCUGGAAGCUAGGCCGCACAUGGAGGAGUAUCUGGAUGGAAAGAAGAUGUACAGCGAGGAUAAUUUCGCCCCCGCGAUCGAACACUUUGAAGGGGCCGUGACUGAGUAUUUCUUCACUAACCAGGAUUGCAGGGCUCUGUGUGAAGGAGCCUAUGACUAUGAUGGCUACAACUACCUGGAGUACAGUGCUGACCUCUUCCAGGCCAUGACAGAUCACUACGUACAGGUUCUGAACUGCAAGCAGAACUGUGCCCUGGAUCUGGCAACCCUGCCUGGCACGGACAAAUUGGUGGAAGAUUUCCUGCCAUCUCACUUCAAUUACCUACAGUUCUCAUACUACAACACUGAAAACUAUGAGCGAGCCAUUGAGUGUGCCAAGACAUACCUGCUCUUCCACCCGGAGGACGAAGUGAUGAGGCAGAACCUGGACUUCUAUUCAGCCACGCUGGGAGAAGACAAGGCUGCAGGCAUCUCUGCAAGAGAGGUGAUACAGCAGCAUUUCAGACAAUCCUUGUUGGAAAAAGAACUGCUUUAUUUUGCAAAUGAAGUCUUUGGCAUAACCUUUGUUGAUCCGGACAAGUGGACCCCUGCUGAAGUGAUGCCUCUGAAACUGAGAGAGAAACAGAAGACAGAACGGGAAACAGCGGCACGAAUCACAGAGGAAAUCGGGAAUCUGAUGAAGGAGAUCGAGACCUUGGUGGAGGAGAAGAGUAAGGAGUCGAGCGAUCUCACCAAGGUGGUGCGAGAAGGCGGCAAUGUGCUGUAUGAUGACAUCACCAUCACCAUGACGUCCAAGAACCUGAACGGCACUGAGAGAGUGGUGCUGGAUAACGUGAUCACCGAGGAUGAGUGCAGGGAGCUUCACCGCCUUUCCAACGAGGCUGCCCAGAUGGGCGAUGGCUACAGGGGAAAGCCCUCUCCUCAUUCUCCCAGCGAGAAGUUCCAGGGAGUCACCGUCCUCAAAGCUCUCAAGCUGGGGCAGGAGGGGAAGGUUCCCCUGAAGAGUGGCCGGCUGUUUUUCGACCUCAGUGAAAAGGUGCGCAGGAUCCUGGAGUCCUAUUUCCGCCUGGAGACCACUCUCUACUUCUCCUACACCCACCUGGUGUGCCGCUCGGCCAUAGAUGAGAAACAGCAAGGUCGGGAUGACCUCAGUCACCCUGUUCACGUGGACAACUGCCUUCUGGUGUCAGAGCUGAACGAGUGCAUUAAGGAGCCACCCGCCUACACGCACAGAGACUACAGCGCCAUCCUCUAUCUGAACGAUGACUUUGAAGGCGGCGACUUCCUCUUCACAGAGCUUGAUGCCAAAACGGUCACUGCAGUGGUCAGGCCCCAGUGCGGCCGGGUGGUGGGCUUCGGGGCGGGGAAGGAGAACCCCCACGGGGUGAAGGCUGUCACCAUGGGCCAGAGGUGUGCUGUGGCCCUCUGGUUCACUCUGGACCCCCGACACACUGAGAAGGAGCGGAUCCAGGCAGAGGACCUCCUGAAGAUGUUAUCCAGCCCCCUGAAUGCAGAGUUCCAGAGACCACCAACGGACCCUGAGCCCGCCCAGUCCGACCAAUCAGCCAAAGAGACAGGGGAGCAGCCAAUCACAGAGACCGACAAACAGGCGAGUGAACAGGCUGAUACACAGGCUGACAAAUCAACAGACAAUGAAGCCAGCCAAUCAGAUGACGAAAAAACAGACCAAGAGACAGAAGAAAAAGAUAGCCAAUCAACAGACACAACGGUUGACCAACCAACGGACAAAAAAGACAGCCAAUCAACAGGCACAAAGGUUGACCAACCAACGGACAAAAAAGACAGCCAAUCAACAGGCACAAAGGUUGACCAGCCAACGGACAAAAAAGACAGCCAAUCAACAGACACAAAGGUUGACCAGCCAACAGACAAAAAAGACAGCCAAUCAACAGACACAACGGUUGACCAACCAACGGACAAAAAAGACAGCCAAUCAACAGGCACAAAGGUUGACCAGCCAACGGACAAAAAAGACAGCCAAUCAACAGACACAAAGGUUGACCAGCCAACAGACAAAAAAGACAGCCAAUCAACAGGCACAAAGGUUGACCAGCCAACGGACAAAAAAGACAGCCAAUCAACAGGCACAAAGGUUGACCAGCCAACAGACAAAAAAGACAGCCAAUCAACAGACACAAAGGUUGACAAGCCAACCGACAAAAAAGAACAAGCAAAAGCAAAAAAAGAGGUCAAGAAAUCGAACAAACAGCCUGCCAAACCGAAGCAGAAGUCAGCAGAAAAAACAGACGGUAAGCAGAAGGACAAGCAGGCUGUCAAAGACAAGGCCAAACAGUCUGAUAAAGCGAAGGUGAAAGUGGCGGUGAAAAAGGACAAGCCUGCCGCCAAAACGACAGACAAGAAAAAGGACAAACCGCCAGUCAAAAAGGCCGGCAGUGACUCAGGGACGGUUGCCAAGGCAACCGACACAAAGCAACCGAAAGCCAAGAGCUCAGAGCCGCACAAAGACUCUGCGGACUCCAAAGCUGAGGCCAGCUCGACAGUAAACUCUGAAAAGGACAAGGAUGAAUUAUGAGAGAACUCCUGUGUUCAAUUUGUUUCUUUUUUUUUUUUAAUACACUUUUGGUUUUGGGGUGGGGUGUUUUGUACAAAGAUGUGUGGGAUUGUUACACAAGUGCCUUUUUCUGUUCACUACAAAGGGGUUGAAAGUGGGCAAAUUUUGAAACAAUAGCCAUUUCCUGAGCUUUGCGCUAACUGUAUAUAUGGCAGAAAAUGGAUAUUGGGUUUGUGUUCAAAGAUGUGCUGCCUUUUGAGGUACUAAGUAUUAUUUUAAUAUCAUGUCUUUCCCUUUUGUUUUUUGUUUUCAAACGAUGACCAGAUGAGACUAUGCUCCCAGAGAAAGAAAAUUGUAAUGAAUAAAAUCUGACCUUUUUUUAAAUAAUGCUGAACAUUACUUCUUUUUGACAAUGGCAAAAAAGGUGUUUUAUUUUUAACUGUAUAGGGUGCAGUAAAUAUUGCAAUAUAAAUCUUCAGUCACUCAUUAAACAAAUGAGUCAGAAAAUCUUUGUCACUGCACCACCUAAAUACACCACUAGAUGGCAGGAGGGACUCACCAUUCUUCCUGGUUCUGACAUCGUCUUCCUCUCCCCAUCUAAACUAGUGAAGAUGCAGAAACCUUGGGUUCACAUUCUUAGUGAGCUGACCUACAGAUGUGAAGAAAGAUCUACUUUGCAAAAUGUUUUCUUUAUUCUUGUUCCUUCCCAAAAUUAGAUAUGCAGCGACUGGGAGAAAAUAGCCUUUGGAUUAUGCAAUAAUCUGUUCUGCAGAGUAAACAUGACUUAUGUUUUUUGAAAUGCUGACCGCAUCAUGUAUCCCCUCAAGGACCAAAAUGGCAGCCCGUUGAAUUAUAAAAUCAGGUCAACCAAGCUCUCCUGGAAUAUAAAAUGCCACUG